UCUGGAAAGGGGGCUGAUCGCUGGGAAGACUAUUAACUUAAAGCAUUUUUCUUGUGAUGAAAGUACAAAGUCGCAGACGGGAAAGUUGAAGAGGGUCGAACGGUGUAACUGAUAUUUGGAAAGGAAAUAUGCAGAAGCACGAGUUUUUCGUGGAUAUGACCUGCGAAGGGUGUUCAGGCGCUGUGACUCGCGUUCUCAAUAAACUGCAAGGUGUGAAAUUUGACAUUGACCUUCCCAAUAAGAAGGUUUUUAUUGAGUCUGAGCAGAGUGUAGAAGUUCUUAUUGAAACUCUGAAGAAGACGGGGAAAACUGUAACGUAUAUUGGUCCAAAAUGAAUCACUCUUCCAAUAUAAGCAGGUGUCUUAUGCAUGCCCUGGUGCUAUGAAGGAAAAGAAGGUCAGCCUUUGUGUUUGCAGUUUGCAGAAUAAACUCGCCGUGUGAAGUGAACUUUCCAUCAGUGUCAUGGGCUGUGGGGGACCAUUGAAGCUUUCGAAAGCUUUGUUUCUCUUCAUCAGCAUUUGUGCCACUGACUUCUAUAUUGUUAAAAGGCUAUUUUGCAAUUAAAAUAUUGUUAAACA